AAAGGUGUGCCGGGCAGACCUAGCCCAAAAUACUCCAGUGCGAGACCAGGCCGAGCGAAGUCCGGGGUUGGCGUGGCACGCCGCUCCUGCGUACGGAGAAACGCGACCUCGUCGGCUUCCGUUCCUCCCCGUCUUUGCCGCUGCAAGCCUCCCCACUCCGCCACCGCUCACUUCACCGAUCAUUUCCUUCCCAAAACCUCCCGAAGUGACCCCAAAACGGCGCAAAACUGCCGCGCCGGCGCGUGAGCCCGGCACGGUCACCGCACGGCUCUGAGCCCCCGCUUCGGCAAGCGAAUAAAACUUCCAUUUCGCUCGCUUUCCCACCCAAAUCCCCCAAUCCGGGCGCAAAAAUGCCGCCGCUGGCGCCGGCGGACGCGACCCUGAUCCUGGACCACGUCCUGGGCGACCCCUCCGUCCCCGACGCCGCGGCGCACGCGCUCCUCGCGGCGCUCCCCUUCCCCUCGCACCCGACCCCUCGCCUCCGCCGCGCCGUCCUCCUCCGCCGCCUCGCCUCCGACCCGGUCUCCGCCUCCGCGCUCGACUCCCUCCACCUCCUCGCCUCCCUCCCUUCCACCUUCCCUUCCCCCACCACCGCGGCGGCCCACCUCGCGGUCGCCGCCUUCCUCGCCGCGUCCGCGCCUGACUUCGACGCCGCCGCGCGGGCGCUCUUCGCGCGCCCCGACGGCCGAGCCCGCUGCGCGGUAGAUGGAGGGUCACUCACGCUCGCCUCCGACGAGGCCGUCGCCGUGGCGGACCAGUUCGAGGCCGCCGUUGGGAACUCGUUCUCUCAGGUCGUAUUGAGGGGGCUGUGGGGAGACAGGGCCGCGGCGGAGGAGCGGGUGAGGGGGCUCCUCUCCGCGGAGUGGACAGCGAUUGGGCCGUCGCUGCUGGAGGAGGCGGCCGAGCGGAUCGUCGGGAAUGGAGCCGUCGAGACAUGGCGUGCUGCGGAUGAGGGCACCCGCGCCAAGUACCGCGUGCUAGCUGGGGAAGAAAAAACAUGGGAGAUUCUGGACAAACUUGACGGACCUACCUCUCAUGUAAAUCCAAUUUCGACGCCAGAAGUUCAUAAAGUGAUAGAUGCGCUUAAAACAAGUUGUGCUGACCUUCACAGCGUAGUGGAGGAUCCACUUCCAGCUGCAAAGGCAACUGCAGAUGAGGUGUUGGCUACAAGGAUGGAUAAGGCAGUCAACUUAAAUGCUGAAGAAGUAAGUGGUCAGCCAGCUACUUGUGGUGCUGCAGGUUCAAGUGCUCUUAAUGACAAAGAUAAGGGUCCGAGUAAAGGCACACCUCACAGCCUUAUGGAUUGGAACCCGACGGCACGGACCUUUCAGUGGGAGGAGUCACCUGAUCCUGAGGGUUCAGAACCACGGUUGCGUAGACUGCACUUGUCUAGCCCAAGGAGAAUGCCAGUUUCUCCUUUGCAACUGGCAGAAAACAAAAAUAAGCGUAGAAAGGCAAGGAAGUGGAGCAUUUUAGAAGAAGAAACAUUAAGAAAGGGUGUUGAACAGUAUGGUAGCGGCAACUGGAAGGAUAUUUUAACUAACAAUCCCGAUGUUUUUAUCGGCAGAACACCGGUGGACCUGAAGGAUAAGUGGAGGAACAUGAUGAGGUAAUGGAGAAGCAUGUAGGUGGACAAGUUACUGGAGCCCCUGCCCUUUUGGGGCUGAAGUAACCUUUAGGCUUUAUGGCACAUUCUGGUUGUUUGCUAUGUUGAAGUAGCAAACCUUUGAGCACUAUUGUUGGGAUGCAUUGUGUGUAGGCACCAACGUAGACCCAGUAGACUCCAUCAGAAUCUCCAGUUGCGCUGAUCUAGUCCUGACCACAAAUGCUUACCGUGUAGUGUUUUCACCGCAGAAAAAUGUGUUGAUAUCUAUUCUGUAUCUGUGGACAUGCAUGCUAGUUGCCAGCACGGUUCAACGCUUGCUUGGUUGCCUGCGUCUGUUCUGUUA